AUGGACGAAAGCGUCUACCGUCGCGUUAGAUCUCAGAACGUGGACCAAUUUUCGUCUCCUGGCAAUCCUUCCACUCAGGCAGGUCGUGCGCCAGGGCAUUUUAGCGCUCAGUCGUCCUCUCACUCGCAAACGAACGUCCCUCCUACGAUUAACCUCAAGACUUUGAAAAAUGCAUCCCUGAGCUGCGCGAAAAACUUGACCAACAAGCUCAAAAACCUCUCAAACGCCUCAACUUCACGAAUUCCUCGGGGUGGACAUGGAGGAAACGCCUACGGUAGCUCUCAAGGGAAUUCAUACGGCUCAUCUCACCAAGAUGGACGUUACGGUCAGGCAGAGGGAAAUGCAACUCACUACAGUGCAAAUCCGAAUUCACUAAAGAGCAUUGCGACUAGACUGGCGUCAUCAACUGAGAGUAUAAUGACUCACAGGGAACUAGUGGCAGUGAUUGAGCGACUUCUAACAUGGUCAGAAGGACCUAUGCAGGUAUCUCUAGAAAAGGACCGGUACGGAGCACCAACGAGAGAGUCCAUCAACAACUUUUCUAUCAUCAACUCAUUUCUACUGGAAAAGACGUUGGCCUACGUUACUGGAAGAAGAGACUGCUGCGUGUUUAUCAUAAAGUUUAUCACCUGGAGAAUGAGGACUACGAAGCAUCCUGAAGAAAUUAUACUCUCGUUGGAACUCAUUAAUGCAUGCGUAGAGCGAAUGGGACCAUACUUUUUGGCUCUCAUGACAAAGCCUUGCAUGCGCACAUUUCGCAAAAUCUUGUUCAUGACAACGCUCAAGCACUCCCUGGCCUCGGGGAUGAAGAAGCAAAUUACCAAGCUGCUGGGAAAGAAUACAUUUGUACAUCCAGGAGUGUCCACCGAUGUAAGGAUCCAUAUUUUCAAAGCCAAGACGUUGUAUAUGAUCCAAUUGUGGUAUGGGCCAAAAUGUGGUUGCGAUAAGAUUCCACAAUACCUUGGUAUAACUGCCAAGAAGGAUCCUAGUCCACUAUCCAUUACAGGUUUUGUUGCCUAUACCCAUUCCAGUAAAAAUUCAUUUACCCUCAAGGGAACUUUGGAUGGAAAUGAGAAGCUUGGAGAUGGAGAAGAUAUCACAAAUGUUACCAAGGUAUCAAUUUAUUACUGGGACGGGGAUGAAAAUGAAAAGAAUGCAAAACCUCUCAUCCUAGAAGUUAAGAAGGAUGGUCAAAUUCAACAAGAGUACUACAUUAAGUAUGAAAGCGAUGAACGAGAAUUAGGAGAUAAGGGUGACACUACUGUUUGGAAGCAUCAGGGACAUUCUGGAGAUAUAUCGCUGCAAGAUAUACUUGAUGACCGCAAUUGUGCUAUAAAUAAACGUGUUCCACUAGAUAUUGAGAACCCAAACAAGUAUCUAAACUUUAGUUCUGAUCGUUCAAAGGGUGUAAAGAUAAAGCUCACUUCUUUGCAACGUCUUAAUGGGAGUGAAUACGUGGUUACCACUUACAAGAUUUCUGAUCCUAAUCUGAAACUAUCUAGAGUAGAACAUGAAAAUAAGAAGAUUGGUGAGAUCGUGGUUCCUGAGAAUACAUUGGAUGGAAUCCGACUGUACUCAUCUUCAGGCAUUUCCGAAAGGCUUCCUAUUGCGCUCGAGCUUAAGUCAACUGGUGGAGGGGAUGCCAAAUGGUAUUAUAGCAAAAGUCCAGACGGUAAAGGUUGGAACAAUGUUAAUGGAAAUACAAGUGGCUUUUAUGAUGAUAAAGAGUUUUCCAUCGGUAAGCCUACCGAGGAACUUACCAAUAAACUAGAUGAGAUUGUCUGCUCAAAUUACAACUCAGUUACUAUUGAUAUAUCCUAUAGUAAUUCUAUGAGUCAUACUAAGAGCAAGGAGAAGGGAGAUGAAAAGUAUUGUUGUAGUGUAUGUGGUAAUAAGAAAGUCGCCGUGGAGGAAAUAGAAGUUAAGGAUAAAAAACAUAUGGGUUCUACAAAAAUAUACAAACACUCCAUUGAAGGUGGUGGAUUAAAGCUUGGUGGUAUUAAGUUCUAUCUCAGAGAUGACGUAUAUAAAAAGAACAGGAAACGUAUAACAUCUGGCACACUACGACUACCUGCUGACGGACCAAUUGAUGUAUAUGCAUUUUAUUGCGGAGAUAAUCCAGUUAUUAUAUAUCUACAUUACAGAAAUAAUCCUAAAAAUUCAAGAUGGUAUAGAAAAGAAAAAAGCAAAAAUGCUGAUAAUAAGCCAUGGAGAAAGACAGGUCAACUAAGUAGCAUCAAGUCAAGACAUCUGGAUAAAGAAGGACUCAGUUGUGGAAAUUGGAAUAAGCUCGUGGAUGAACUUCGGAAACGAAAAUGUAGCCAACUGCAAAACUGUACAAAUUCUGACGAAUCUUCACAGGAUAGUAGAGAACAAUUAUCCACAGCCGAUGAAGAAGGAGGCGAAGAAAAUGAGGAUUCUGAUGAUGAAAUGACAGAACCUGUGAAAAAUAUCGGAACAUAUGGAGCUAGCGCGCUUGGUGCCAUAACAUCUUCAGUCCUAGAGGAAUUUGUAGAAAAAGCACUUCCACAAGUUGUUAAAGUGACAAAGGAUGUCAUAGAUUCUAAAGCUUUUAAGACUGAAUAUUUCAAGGCUAAUCAUAGUAAUCAGCUCUCUAAAGACUUAGCAACCAUUGGAGAAGCGGGAUCCGUUGUGGUUGGAGAGUUGGGGAAACAGAGUAAAAAGAUUUUUGACGUAACAGAAAAGGCUGUUGGUAUAGUUAGUAGUGCUAUCAAAACUGUCACCGGAUUGCCCUCUGCUAAACCUGAAGCUCCUGAAUCUCAAACUACUCUUGCUGCCAAAGUUACUGCUCCUACUUCUAUUCCUAAUCCUUCUCAACCUACUCCUAAACAAUCUCCUGGAGGAUCUUCUCCUGCUCCUGCUGCUCCUAAAAAACCUACUUCUACUUUGGCCAAGGUUGGGUAUGGGUCUGCUUCAGUUCUGGGAGGUGGAGGAGCUGUAGGAGAAACAUUCUUGUUGGACCAGGGUGUAUUCCCGGUAUUUUUCGAAGGUUAUAAAGAUUUAAGGGAACGGGGCGUUCGUUUUCCUGCCAUUGACCCUGCGGACAAGUCGCGCAUAAAUACAUCAAUCCAGGUUCCUCGUCCUUACGUUACGACUGGUGGAACUACACUCCCGCUUUCACCGGAUGAACUUGACAAACUCUUGAAAAUUGUUAGCAACAUCGAUAACCUAAAACCAGGUCCAGAAUUCGAUCGUUGCAUCACUUAUCUCCGCGCAACAAAGAAUAAGAUCGUGGACAGUAUUAGCAUUUUGACUGAGGAGUGCGCUCGUUCCAACUCAGAUACCGAAGCUCGCUUAUUGGAUAAAAUGCUUACAUUGAAUGACGCAAUCGGUACGCACCUCAAGGUCGCUGCCUAUACAGUAGGUGGUAGCACUCCUCAAGGUUAUACUGCGGGCAGUACCAGUGCUCAGGGCUUUGAUAAUGACCCAUUUAGGGGAACGAUUUACGACGAGGGAAAUAACUUUGACAAGGAUCUUGCGUUUGAAGAUGGUUCAGACAAGGCAGGUGAUUUAUUGAAUUUGGAUUCCGAGGAGUCGGAGGCUGACGAUGGCUUUGGUGACGCUAUCGAAAAGUUUAACGAGGACAGUAGCAGGGAUCUGUUUGCAGAUUUCGACUUUGGGGAUACCAAGAGCAGUUCAUUUGGCGCGAAAUCAAGCAGCCAAGUGGACACCAAGAAGAAGAACUACUUUGACGACCUGCUCCAGAUCGACCUGUUUAGUACCAGCGAAGCUUCUUCAAGCACCGCUAGGACCCUUGUCAAGGACGAACCGAGCAGGUCUUCCACUGGAAGAAAUGCUCCAGCUGUCUGGGCAGAGCACGAAGAGGAUGAGGAAGAAGAAGAAGUACACGCACCAACUUCCGAACGCGAAAAGGACGAAGGAACGAAAAAGACGCUAAAUGAGAUGGUUUCCGAGUUUGAUACCCUGGAUUUAGACUUUGGUCACAUGUCAGUCACCGGUUUCUAG